UCGAAUCAUUUCUUUGGUUGAAUUUUAGAGAGGAUAUUUGAAGAUGACUCGGAGGAGUCAGAUAGAAGUUAAAUACAAGUCAUACCAUUUCAUGAUUCAUGAAAUGCGAUCCAUAGAGUCUAGUUCAAGGAAGUCUUAUAAAGUUUUCCCUUUAUCUUUUUCUUCUCUGCUCCUGUACCACUUCCACUUUCGCAAGCAAGUUCUCUCAUCAAACAUAAAUACCAUAACCCAAAUACCAAAUACCAAAUACCAACAACCAACACUCAAAUAUCACCUAUUAUGUUCAAAUCGCUUCGCACCGCCAAAGAAAAACGCCAAGGUCCUGCCCGGAGAUACUACCGCGGUCUCUGCACCGUCACCGCCACCUCCAUCAUCGUCAUCAUAUUCAUUCUCGUCUCCCUAGUCUACCAAUUCCCGGGAAAAAAUAACUCGAUUCUCGACAUCGAAAACCCAAGUAUCACUUAUAAAAUUUACAUUUUCCAAUACUGUGUUUCUACCGGCCGCGAAAACGACAACGGGGUUGACAAAAACCCCAACGCGAAAGAUGGAUUGGGGUGUCAUUUAGAUCUCAACCCCCUCGGCUACAUCGUCGCUACAACCAACAAACAAGCAGAACCCAGCGAUCUCGCCACCUUCUACACAUUAAUGACCAUCGCAUUCGCCUUCUACUACGUUGGCUGUCACGCAGUCGCUCUCACGAUAUAUCUCUGGUGGCGAUGGUUUAAUCGACACUUCGACCCCGGAGAAAAAGUCCCCAAGAAAAGUUUCAAAAAGCUGAUGCUCGCGUGCUUUAAGAAGAAGAAGAAGAAGAAGAAGAAGAAGAAGAAGAAGAAGAAGAAGAAGAAGAAACAACUAACAUCCCCCUCUCCACCUCACCAGACCGGACUAACCAUCUUCUGCAUCCCCGCCUCCUGCCUCACCCACGCCUCCUACCUCGGUAGCGGAAUCGCCGGCGGCGGAAUCCCCAAAUCCUAUUCCAAAAUCGGGAAUCUCUACAUGCUUUUCGUGCAUUCUCUCUGGCUCUGGUAUCUCGCUUCUCUUCUCAUCGUUUUUCUGCUAUUCAGAAAGGAAUAUCCCAAACCGCCUAAAGAGAAAAAGGAAGAGGAAGAAAAGUCGGAGGAUACGGAAUCGGUUUCGGGUUCGGCUUCGUCGUAUGGAACUGAGUGGGAAUAUGCCUCGGAUCCUGUGGGUCCGACUUUAUGGCCUAGGGAAUAG